AUGGGUCCCAAGGAUUUGAAAAAGCGCAAAAUUGUUACUGGGCCGAAAGUUGAAGAGGUCAAUUUCGACGACGAAUCCCGCCAUGAAUACUUGACUGGGUUUCACAAACGCAAAGUGCAACGGGCCAAACAUGCGCAAGACAAUGCCGCCAAGAGAUACAAAGAGGAGAAGAGAGAAGCAAGAAAAAAGAUUCGAGAGGAUCGCAAAAGAGACUUCGAACAGGCAAUGGCGGAGCAUAAAGCAGUACUCAAGCGCAUGAAAGAAGAUGCUGGAGAUCUCGGCGCAAUGGAAGGCGAGAAAGAGGAGGAAGAUUGGGAGGGAAUUGAAGAGCCUCCAGCAGUGGACUACGAAGCCGAAUACGUCGACGAGGACAAAUACACAACAGUCACGGUUGAAGAAAUGGACGCAUCUCGUGAGGGCUGCCAGGGGGAGGACUCAGAAAAUGAAGAAGAGAAAAAAUAUCCGGUCGAGUCGACAGAGGAUGACACAACAGCCAAGAAGAGAAAGCCCCGGAGUGCAGCCUCAGAAGCAGCCAGGAAAAAAAAGAGGAACUUCCGCUACGAGACCAAGGUUGAACGCAAGCAAACAAUGUUAAAGCAACGGGCUGUGAAAGCGAAAAGAGCAAAGGCGCGAAAGGGGGCAGAGGAAUAA